CCGGGGCCUGCGCACUCGGCCGCUCGCGAGCACCGCCGCUCGCGCCCGUGCAAGCUUCCCGGCCUGCGUGCACGCACUCUCUGCUCUUCUGCUUGGCCUGUGGCGCAAAUCUUGCGGGUCGGGUUGGAUGUGCUAGGUGGUGCGCAGGUUUGGUGACUGUGGCGCUGGCUUCCCCUCGGCUUGGCUCUCAGUAGGGGCGUUUCCGUGGCCUCGGUCGCGUCCCUGUCAGGUCCCCUUUCCCCUCCCGCCCCACCACACCGGAGCGCGUCUUCCUUAAGCUCUGCCACUUACCCGGUCCCGGGCUCCUCGGAGCUCUCCAACAUCACACCCCCGUCCAGUCGUCCUCAGGCCCGCCCCAGUCCUCGGCGUGUCUUCCUAAGGCAGCCCUUCACCCCCGGCCCGCUCCCGCGGCCCCACUAUAGGAUGGGGGACAACACCAGCCCUAUCAGCGUGAUCCUGGUGAGCUCGGGGAGCAGGGGCAAUAAACUGCUAUUCAGGUACCCCUUCCAGAGAAGCCAGGAGCACCCGGCGUCUCAGGCAAAUAAGCCCCGUAGCAGAUACGCUGUGAACAACACCAGGGACAAUGCCGAGGAUCAGGAUGGGGACUCCAGGUUCUCAGAUGUCAUCCUGGCAACAAUUUUGGCAACCAAGUCUGAAAUGUGUGGCCAAAAAUUUGAACUGAAGAUUGAUAAUGUGCGUUUUGUUGGGCACCCGACACUCCUGCAGCAUGCACUGGGGCAGGUCUCCAAAACAGACCCAUCCCCGAAGAGGGAAGCUCCCACCAUGAUUCUUUUCAAUGUGGUGUUUGCUCUGAGGGCCAAUGCAGACCCCUCGGUGAUCAACUGCCUGCACAACCUCUCCCGACGGAUUGCCACCGUGCUGCAGCACGAGGAGCGCCGCUGCCAGUACCUCACUCGGGAGGCCAAGCUGAUCCUCGCACUGCAGGAUGAGGUGUCUGCUGUGGCUGAUGCCAGUGAUGGUCCUCAGUCCCCAUUCCAUCACAUCUUGCCCAAGUGCAAGCUGGCCAGGGACCUGAAGGAAGCUUAUGACAGCUUGUGUACGUCUGGCGUGGUGCGGCUGCACAUCAACAGCUGGCUGGAGGUGAGCUUCUGCCUGCCCCACAAGAUCCACUAUGCUGCUGCAAGCCUCAUCCCCCCUGAGGCCAUAGAGCGGAGCCUGAAGGCGAUUCGCCCAUACCAUGCCCUGCUGCUGCUCAGCGAUGAGAAGUCUCUGCUGGGUGAGCUCCCGCUCGACUGCUCCCCGGCCUUGGUGCGAGUGAUCAAGACCACGUCAGCUGUGAAGAACCUGCAGCAGCUGGCCCAGGAUGCCGACCUGGCCUUGCUGCAGGUUUUCCAGCUUGCGGCUCACCUGGUGUACUGGGGCAAGGCCAUCAUCAUCUACCCGCUGUGUGAGAACAAUGUCUACAUGCUUUCCCCCAACGCCAGUGUGUGCCUGUACUCCCCGCUGGCGGAGCAGUUCUCCCACCAGUUCCCGUCUCAUGACCUGCCAUCCGUCCUCGCCAAGUUCUCCUUGCCUGUCUCCUUGUCAGAAUUUAGGAACCCCCUCGCUCCCCCUGUGCAAGAGACCCAGCUCAUUCAGAUGGUGGUGUGGAUGCUGCAGCACAGGCUCCUGGUCCAGCUGCACACCUACGUUUGCCUGAUGGCCUCACCCAGCCAGGACGAGCCCCGCCUGCGGGAGGAGGAGGUCCCCUUCACUGCCAGGGUCGGCGGUCGCAGCCUCAGCACGCCCAAUGCCCUCAGCUUUGGCUCCCCAACCAGCAGCGACGACAUGACGCUCACGAGCCCCAGCAUGGACAACUCCAGCGCAGAGCUGCUCCCCAGUGGGGACUCCCCGCUGAACAAGAGGAUGACAGAGAACCUGCUGGCCAGCCUGUCAGAGCACGAGCGGGCAGCCGUCCUCAGUGUGCCUGCGGCCCAGAACCCCGAGGACCUCCGCAUGUUUGCCAGGCUCCUGCAGUACUUCCGAGGCCGCCACCACCUAGAGGAGAUCAUGUACAACGAGAACACGAGGCGCUCCCAGCUGCUCAUGCUCUUCGACAAGUUCCGCAGCGUGCUGGUGGUGACUACCCAUGAGGACCCGGUCAUCGCCGUCUUCCAGGCGCUGCUCACGUGAGCCUGGGCGGACGCAGAGGCAGACUGCUGCAGCCGGUGGGGGCGUGUCACUCAUCUAGUCCUCAAAACUGGCCCAGUGUCUGAGCUGAGGAAGUGAGGCUCUGAGCGGAGGAGGCGUUCAGGACUCAUGCUGAGUGAGGCCCGCGUGCUUCCCACACAGAUUUGGGUCACAUGUUUCUUUGACCUUCCAGUCCAGCCUGUGUUCCUCGGCUCCUCCACUGCUGCCCUUCCAAGCCUGAGGGUCACGUGCCUGGCCCAUCCUGUGUGGCCCGGCACUGUCCCAUUCCUCCUAGCCCAUGGGCAUUUCCUGGCCUGGCCCUCACCACAGCCCUGUGUAGCCACCAGGAAGCUCAUGGCCAAGCCACCCCCACACCCUUUGCCACGUGAGGCACGAGGGCCCGGGCUGAUCCACACUGCUUCCUUGGCCCCGGGGUGCAGCAGAGGGGAGUGCAGGGGCCCACAACAGGCCGGAGGAAGGGCGUGUCUGCACUGGGCCAGGCUCUCUACCCUGCGGCAGGGCACUCGCAGGGCCCCGCCAUCCCCAUCCUGGAGGAAGCUGAUCGUUAUGGGGCAGUGGGGGGGGGGCCCUCUGGUCAAGACACAAGCAACACGUUUUCUAGAAAUGAAGUGUUUAUUUGGGUUUUAAACAAUUAAAAGGCUUGUUCUGAGCAGGCUCUUGCUCAGACCUGUG